CAGAACAAGCCUCCACCGAUGACACCGAGUUCCAAAGUGAAGAAGAAGACGAAGUCCGAAGGUCCAAAAACACCCUGCUGGCAGUGUGGCGGAAUGCACUACGUCCGGGACUGCACCUACACGAAGCACGUUUGUCGGGACUGCAAGCAAACCGGCCACAAAGAAGGGUAUUGUGGCAGCUACACAUCGAAGGCGGCACUCAAGAAGAAGAAGCACGUGAACGGAAUUUUCUCCAUCAACCAGGUCAGCUGCACUUCUAGACGGAAGUUCCUAACGGUGGAUAUCAACGGGUCUCAAGUCACUCUGCAGUUGGACACCGCGUCCGACAUCACCAUCGUUUCGAAGAAGCAGUGGAAGAAGAACCUGGGCUCGCCAACGCUGACUCCCACAACACGGACUGCCCGGACUGCGUCGGGUGACGCUUUUCAUCUACUUGGUGAACUCCGAUACCCAAUCAAACUCGGAGGUGUCACCAAAACCGCAACUUUCUACGUGACCAACAACAGCAUCAACCUGAUCGGUCUGGACUGGAUCGAGCUGUUCAAGCUGUGGAACACCCCGCUAUCUGCAAUCUGCAACCAUGCCGAUGGUCAAGUCAAUCAAAUCCAAGUGUACAAAGCUGCGUAUCCCGAAGUGUUCAAGAACGGCCUCGGACACUGCAAGAAGAUGAAGGUCCGACUCUAUCUCAAGCCCGAUGUCAAACCCGUUUUCAAGCCGAAGCGCCCAGUUCCUUCCACGUCCAUGGAGAAGAUCGAUGCGGAGCUGGACCGACUUCAAUCGCUAGGCAUCAUCACGCUUGUCGAUUUCUCGCAGUGGGCGGCUCCGAUCGUCGUAGUGAAGAAGCCCGGAGGAAAAGUACGAAUCCGUGCCGAUUACUCAACUGGACUGAACGCUGUUCUGGAGCCCAACCAUUACCCGCUACCGGUCUUUGAUGGCAUCUUUACCAAGCUCAACGGGUGCCGAUAUUUCCGCGUCAUCGACCUGAGUGACGCCUAUCUUCAAGUGGAAGUUGACGACGACUCGAAGCAGCUGCUCACAAUCAACACGCAUCGAGGUCUCUUCCGCUUCAACCGGCUCGCACCAGGAGUAAAAUACGCUCCCGGGGCCUUCCAGCAGUUGAUGAACAGCAUGGUUGCUGAUCUCGAAGGAGUGGACACGUUUCUGGACGACAUCUUCGUGGCCAGCAAAACCGAAGAGCAGCACCACAAGAUGCUCAACGCACUGUUUCAACGCCUUCAAGCCUACGGUUUCGUUCUGAGGGAAGAAAAGUGCAACAUUCUGCAGCCGGAGGUAAAGUAUUUGGCGCACAUCGUAGACGAAAACGGUCUCCGUCCAGACCCAUCCAAGGUGGAAGCCAUUGUCAAGAUGCCACCGCCCAAAGACUGGCACAGCGAGUACCAGAAAUCGUUCAGGCGCUUCAAGGAAGUACUCCAGUCGGAUUUGCUUCUGACACACUACGAUCCAUCACUAGACAUCAUAGUUGCUGCCGACGCCUCGCAGUCCGGAAUCGGUGCCUGCCUUCUACACAGGUUCCCCGAUGGCUCACUCAAAGCUGUUGCACACGCUUCCCGCUCACUUACCCAGAUCGAGAAGGAAGGUCUUGCACUGGUGUUUGCCGUAACGAAAUUCCAUCGGAUGCUGCUCGGACGCAAGUUCACCCUCCAGACGGAUCAUCAGCCACUCCUGCGGAUAUUCGGACAGAAGAAGGGUACUCCGGUUCACACGGCCGACCGCCUUCAACAUUGGGCCCUGGCGCUUCUGUGCUACAACUUCGACAUCGAGUACGUGUCCACCAUGCAGUUUGGAUAUGCCGACGUACUGUCCCGCCUCAUCAACGGUUACGUCAAACCAGAGGAGGACUUCAUCAUCGCAUCGAUUCAACUGGAAGACUACAUCGAGAUUCCACUCCAUGAAGCCAUCAGUUCGCUGCCAGUUACGUUCAAAUCGGUGCGCGGCGCUACUCUCCAGUGCCCGGUUCUCCAACAAGUGAUCCAGUACAACCAGCGUGGAUGGCCCUCCAAAAUCGAUGACAUCGCUAACCCUGAAGUUCACCCUUUCUUCGCUCAUCGAGACGCUCUAUCGGUAGUGAAGGGGUGCGUCAUGAUGUCCAACCGUUUGGUGAUUCCGGACAGUUUUCGGCAGCGUAUUCUCAAGCAACUCCGCCGAGGACAUCCGGGAAUGGAGCGGAUGAAAGCUAUCGCACGUAGUCACGUGUACUGGCCGAGGAUCGAUGACCACAUUGCUGAUUUUGUGAAGAGAUGUGAAAGCUGUGUCACACAUUCGAAGACACCGUCUAAGGUUUUGCUACAUUCGUGGCCACUCGCUCAAUCUCCCUGGGAGCGUAUCCACAUCGACUUCGCCGGCCCAAUCAACGGUCUGCACUUCCUCAUAGUGGUGGACGCCUUCACCAAGUGGCCGGAAACGCAUCGUUCGAUCCCCGACACAUCAGCAGUGACCAAGUUCCUCAUCGAGCUGUUUGCCCGUUUUGGCGUUCCCAACGUCAUAGUCUCCGACAAUGGAACGCAGUUCACGUCGGAGCAGUUCGCGGUGUUGUGCAGGAAGAACGGCAUUCAACAUUUCCGGACAUCGCCGUAUCACCCACAGUCCAAUGGCCAGGCGGAGAGAUUUGUGGACACCUUCAAGAGGUCGUUGCGCAAAAUCAACGAGGGGGAAAGUAUCUCGGAAUCGCUCCAGACGUUCAUCCAGGUCUACCGAACCACUCCCAGUCGUGUUCUGAAUGGUAGAACUCCUUUGCAGCUGAUGCUUGGUCGAAACAUCAAGACGGUUCUCGAUCUCCUGCAUCACCAACAACCGAAGCCAGUGGUUUUCAAUCAACGCCAAGACGAACAGUUCAACCGGAAGCAUGGCGCAACUCCUCGUGGCUUCCGAAAAGGCGACAUGGUCUACGCCAAGGUCUACCGAAGCAACACCAAGUGGCAGUGGGCAUCCGGCGUAAUCAUCGAGGUCAUCGGACGGGUCAACCACAACGUGCUACUGGACGAUUGGCAUGGACGAAAGAAGCUCAUCAGAUCGCACUCCAACCAGCUCAAGCAUCGUUCCAGUGAAGCAACAUCCGGUGCAGCAGUUUCCACACCACGAGGUAUCCUGGUGGACAUGUUUGGAAUUCAAUCUCCUGGACCAGCAGUACAGCCCGCUCAACAAGGUCAAGCCGAGCAGGAACCACUUCCUGUUCCAUCAACCUCCAACGUCCGAUCCCAGGUCCAGCCACGAACCGAGGUGCAAGUAGUGCCAGCGGUUUCCAACCAAGAAGUCGAAACAGGUUCCAGUCAACUCGAUGAUGUUCCCGAUCGCGGUCGCAUCCAGACCGACCAACCAGAACCGGAGCAUGAAGAAGAUAACGUCCAUUUUCGAGCCGUACCUGUUCUGGAAAUAAGAAGGGAGGAAUGUUAG